AUGGGAUCCCGUGUAGCAGACCUGUUUUCUGAAAUAGACAAGCUCCGAGCUCAGCUGCUGCACAAUGUCGAAGUUAUUGCAGACUGCCGGCGUGUUGAAGAAGAAAUCAGCCCCAUGGAAAUUUUGACCCGCAUUGAAAACGUGGUCCUAGGAAUAGUGACCAGCCUGUCCAAAGAUGAGGCCCCUGCCCUUGCACUGCCCAACAGAUCCAGCUGGGCCAACGUCAGUUUCGACAGUGCCAUCGGGCUUCACAUGAGUUCAGGAAGUUCUGUCAUCACCGUUAGGAGCGACUGUGCUUCGUCCGUCACUAAAUUUGCACAAAUUCUCAAGAUUCUCGUGGUCAUCUACAGACUUGUGCAGAGCAACUCAUAUUCUACUAAAAGAGACAUCUAUUAUAACAACACACAGCUUUUUGGUUCACAAAAAGCUGUUGAUAGUGUGGUGGAUGAUAUCUCCUGCAUGCUAAAGGUCCCUCGCAGAUCAUUACACGUGUUGGCCACGUCCAAGGGAUUAAUCUCAGGUGAUUUGUGUUAUUUGGAGGAGGACGGCACAAGGAUUGACUGUCACUCCAGCUCUGCUGCUGUUGCAGUUUCAUCAAACAUUGCUGGAAUUAGAAAUAUUGUGUCAUCUGCAAAAUUUGUCAUGAUAGUUGAGAAGGAUGCAACGUUUCAGCGACUGCUGGAUGACGACUUCUGCACGAAGCUCUCGCCUUGCAUCAUGAUCACAGGCAAAGGCGUGCCAGAUGUGAACAGCAGGUUGAUGGUGCGAAAGCUUUGGGACACCCUGCACAUCCCCGUCUUCGCCCUGGUGGACGCUGACCCUCACGGGAUUGAGAUCAUGUGUAUCUACAAGUACGGAUCAGUGGCCAUGUCGUUUGAGGCCCACAGUCUGACCGUCCCCAGUGUUAUGUGGCUGGGCCUCCUCCCCUCUGACCUCCAGAGGUUGCGGGUUCCAGAGGAUGCCCUGAUCCCCCUCACCAAGAGAGAUGAAAGCAAACUCAGUAGCCUCCUCAGAAGGCCAUACUUGACCGGCCAACCAGACUGGCAGAAAGAGAUGGAAAUGAUGCAGCAGAGUAAGGUCAAGGCUGAAAUACAGUCCCUGGCAGCCAUCGCUCCUGAUUUCCUCACCAGCAUCUACCUGCCCAAUAAGCUGCGUUAUGGAGGCUGGAUAUGA